AUUCAUCUUUUAGUAACCCUCAAACAUUCAAACAUAAUGGCCAGAAAUAAGAAUAUCAUUCCCCACUCACCUUCACAGCCGUUAUCUUAUAAUUUGAAUACUCAUCCUCCAUUAUCGACAACAACCAAAUGCUAUGAUAAGAAUUAUUAUUUAACAUUGAAGAACUCACAAUCAAUGUAUAUUCAUAAUAUUGUAUUCCUUAGAAAUGAUCAUUAUUUUUCUUUUUCCCUUGGUUGUGGUUUAUUUGUUAGUGUGCAUGACCCUUUGAAAGUAUUACAAUCUUGUGGAAAACAGUAUUAUGUUAGAUAUCAUCAUAAGAAUAAUUUGUCCCAAAUUGUUGAAUUUUGGAUAGCUAAACCAUUUGUUGAUACAUUAGAAGAAAGAUUGGAGAAGGCAUGUUAA